AUGAAGCCGGCAGCGUGGCUGCAACUUCUGGCCCUCGCCGGCCCAGCACAAGCCUGCGGCGGCGGCGGCGGCCACGACGACGACGACGACGGCAGAGAGUGGUCGCCAGAGGAGCUGGCCGAGCUGGACGCGAAAUGGGGCCACGAGUGGGCCUUUGGCGGCAUCGGGUCGUUUGCGCACCUAGGCCACGUCAAGUGCCUCACCACUCCGCAGCAACGGUUUGACGUUGCCAUUGUCGGCGCGCCCUUUGACACGGCGGUGUCUUUCAGACCAGGCGCCCGGUUUGGUCCGCGGGCGAUCCGACAAGCCUCGUCUCGCCAGACCUCUCUGCGCGCCUUCAACCCCCGCGCCGGCAUCAACCCCUACCAGAGCUGGGCCCGGGUCAUCGACUGCGGCGACGUGCCCAUCACGCCGUUUGACAACGCCCUCGCCGCGGAGCAAAUGACGCAGGCCUUCAGGAACCUCGGCCGCGCGACCCCCGCGAGCCCCCUGAGCCGCGGGAGGCCCAAGCUCGUCACCCUCGGCGGCGACCACAGCCUCGCGCUGCCCGCGUUGAGGGCCCUGAAUGACAUAUACGGCAGGCCGGUCCGCGUGCUUCACUUUGACGCACACCUUGACACGUGGGAUCCAGCAGCCUACCCGUCGGCAUGGGGCUCGACACACUUCACCCACGGGUCCAUGUUCUGGCUGGCCAACCAGCAGGGUCUGCUGUCCAACGCGUCGACGGGCCGGUCCCUCCACGCGGGACUGCGGACGCGCCUGAGCGGCACCGGCUGGGCGGACCACGAGGCCGACGCGGCCCAGAACUGGGUGCGCUUCGCGGCCGACGACAUCGACGACAUCGGCACGGGGGGCAUCGUCGACGGCAUCAUGGCCGUGCUGGGCACCGAGGAUCCCGUGUACUUGUCGGUGGACAUUGACGUGCUCGAUCCGGCGUUUGCGCCCGGCACCGGGACCCCCGAGCCGGGCGGCUGGACGACGAGGGAGCUGAUCCGCAUCCUGAGAGGCGUCGAGGGCCUGAACGUCGUGGGGGCCGACGUCGUCGAGGUGAGUCCUGCUUAUCAGGGGCGCGGGGAGGAGACGGCGUUGGCGGCCGCGCAGGUUGUCUAUGAGAUUUUGAGCUCCAUUGUGAAGAGGGGCCUGCGGGACGCGGACGGGGACCGGGCCAGGCGUGACAAGGACGAGCUGUGA